AUGGACGCCGCCGAGCAGCUUCCGAUCUCCAAACCCUUACGUUCGUCGCGCAUCCCGAUCGCGCAGCUCUCGCCGACAGCCGAUAACCUGCAGGCGAGCGCCAUUCAUGCCACCGUCACGCUCCUAUGGCCGUAUUCGUCUUCCACCAAGUCCCUCGGCCUUCUGCUAGCAGAGCCCGACUUCCGUCUACGUCGCUCGAAUGGUCAAGUCAAAGUGAUCUUUCAUGGGCCCGUCGCCAAAGAUGUGGCGAAGUCUAAAAUUGGCAUUGGAGAUGAUGUGUGCCUGGAUUUGGCUGGGUCGCGGUUCGUGAGCAACGAUGCCGCAGUCCAGACGCCUGGUAAAUGCGUGGCGUGGGAUGUGCAUUUCGAUGAUCGUGUCUUUCUAGAGGUCUCGCGAUCCUCCAUCCCCUUCUCAACCAUCAAGGUUGAGCCUUCGUUGUCUCAAACAAAUGGCCUCGAGCCCGCGACCACCGCUCCGACCACCCCUCCUAGGAACAACCUCAACAAGCGCGAAAACACUGAAGAUGUGGGAGAUUCUGGAUCAUGGCAAACUCCAAUUCUCACGGCAAAAUCGCGUGCAUCCUUCGGAGGUCUAGUCGAUUCCGCGUUCGAUCCCUUUGCCGAAGAGGAUGGGUAUGUGCCGGGGAAAGGCAGGAAACGACCGAGAUAUAGUAUGCAACACAGCGACUGGCGCUUGGUCGACGAACCAGAAAGCCCGGGCGACAAGGAUUUACCGGUUGAUUGGACGCACAUAUUUGAUGAGGAUUGGGGUGAGGGGUCGGAGCCGGAUGGAGACAAAGAAACUUCCCCGGAGAAGCCCCUAGAGGCGGCAGGCGAUGACGCCGGUCAGCAAACCCCCUCGGAUACUGCUCAAGCUGCCGAGGGGAACUCUCCGACGCCACAGGCCCGUGCAAAGCCGAUCAAAAGUCCAGAACGGCUCGAAGCUGAGAAUCCAUUUGUUCACCCUGCUACCGUUCAAAAACCAGAGUUUCCUCGUCCGGCCUUCGGACUCGGACAGGGGCUUCUCCAGUUUCCAUCUUUUCUUCCAACAGACACACCGCGUCUUCAUCCUAUCCCGUCUCCUGGAUUACCCAUUCCGUCUCCGCUUGUCACGAACUCGUCCAGUCAACAAAGCUAUUUCAUGCCAAUCACAGACGUGGCCCAGACUCACGCUACGACCGUCAGUACAUCAUUGUCUCGGGAAAUUAAAGGCUCAGAAGAGGACACGAGCGAACACGCGGGCGCUGUGCUGGAGACGGAAAGCCAAACGACGAUGGUCGUCGGAGAAUCAGGAAUCCAAAACACUGGCCUAGAAAAUGAAGCCCUAUCUUCAAGCCCCUCCGUGGCUGCCACAGCGGCUGAUAAGUCCGUCGCCGAAGUUGCAAGAACCGCCAUUGACCGCGUCCUGCAAGACCAGAAAUCCUCUGCUAUUUCCGUCGAGCCUCCAGCGGACCCAACAUUAGGUCUCAACCACGGUGAGGAUCGCACUAGAGAUAAUCGCGAAAGCUACGCAACGACAGGACCUCGUGAGUCUGAAGAACCGAAGGAUGACAACGCGGGGGAUGAACACACUGAUGAGGAACACAUGGAAGGCAAUGAUAUAGAUGAGCCUGGUGUGAGAAAAGAUGAGAUGGAAGAGCAUUAUGCUGAGACGGUUAGUAAGGAGAAUCAUGACGUGGAGGAAGACGAAGUGGAGGCAGACAAUCCACAUGAAAAACGAGUUUACCGGGGAUUUGCUGCCGAGGAAACUCGCGAGGGUAGCAUACCUGCUCUAAACGAGGUCGAAGAAAACUCAACAAACCAGAGCGACGAAGUUGAUGAACGAGAUCACCACCACGGUUCUGCGCAUGAUGAAGAGGACGAGGAGGAAGUGGAGGAAGAUGAAAUCGAUGAAACGGAAGACUCGGACUCAGAUGAGGAAUCGGACGAGGAAGAAGAGAGGCUCUAUGGGGACCGGUAUGAAGAGGAAGACGAAUUUGACUCUGAAUCGGACUUGGUAGAUGAUGUCUCGCCGAAGCAGCAUCAACCUGAACCGAAAACCUCGCAGCCUGAAGUCAUUGUGCUCGACAGUGAUAGCGAAGAUGAAGCUCCCCAUGUUGUACCACGAACAGGGGACAUCCCCAGUGACCAGGAACCAGCGUCUCCAUCACUUAGCAGCGGUCACUCGUCCCGUGAAGAUUCUGUUGAUUCCGAAAAUGAAGAUUGGCCCGAAGCUGAAUACCACACGGAAGCCGAGAAUGCGGAAGACCAUCGAUUCACAAAUGAGAAGCUGAAAACACAAUCGUCAGAACGAAUGUCAGAAGAUCUUUCGGAAACGGAAUCCUCGGGAGCACAACUCUUGGAAGAAGAUUACCCGGAAGAAGAGAUGUUAGAAGACGAGGAUGUGAAUGACGAUGUUACGAAUAUGGAAGUGGCAUCUGAUGACAAUGAAAAUGAUGAGAAACCCGAAGGCAACCCAGUGGAGAACGAAAUGGCGGAUGAGGAGAUGAAGGAUAGAGAAGAACUGGACCACGAGCCAAUUGAAUCUGAGUCUGGGUCUGAACCAGAAUCAGAAUCAGAGGAAGACGACGAAGUGGUCCUGCUCGACCAGACAGAUUAUGGAAGAUCCAGCGAACAAUGGGCGGAGAAUCAACAUCUGGACAAUGGGCUAACUCAACCCGAACAAAUACGUGUUGGACAAGCGCCAGAGCAAGGUGAAAAUACGGCGCAGAUAACCAUGUCUACCUCGGGUGCCGAUUACUCGGAAUAUUCGAAUUUUGAAAACGAAGCGACUUCUCAACAGAGUUACGAAGAACGGCACGGCAUAACAGCACCACCACAAGCCCCAGAACAAGAUUUCCUGCACCAUGACUCUAAUAUCACAGAAACAAUCGAGGAAACACGUACUAUCGGUGAAACUGCCUCGCAUGCUGUCGAGAUGGCAAUCGAUCCUGAGCUAUACAAUUCCGGCCCUGGUCAGGAAGGAAUAAGCGACACUUUUGAGGGUGACAAGCAAGAUACCCGACUUUCUGAAUCUAGAGAGGCAAUUGAAGUGUCUACUUUUGAUCGGAAAGUCGAUUAUAGCUUGAUUCUCGACGGCGCCGCAUCUUCACACAUUCCCGCCGGCACCAUUCCAGAAGGGCACGAUUCUGCUUCCCAAUCCCAGCCAUUGGCAAGUCCGAGCUCUACUUCAUUGAACGAAAUCCACCAGCAAUUCCUUCCAGCUGCCGCGGCAGCUGAAUCGUUACCGACUCCUGAGCCUACCCAAGACAGUGCCUCACGGAAGCAUGAGAGGCCUCCUUACACUCAUGCUGAGCCUCCUGCAUCUCAAGCGUUGGACGAGAAUAUCGUAGAGAAUGGUUCCGACAUCGAGGCAAGUUCCGUGGUAGAAUCACGGGAAGGAUCCCAGAAUAUCGAGGGGUCAUUAAUGCAUAGGGAGAGCCAUACUUCCGACGACGUCCGGUCUCUGCAGGCAGGGUUUGCCCUUGACCCUGACGCCAGAAACGCCUUGGACGACAUUAGCUUGAUUGGCGUAGACCGCCACUACCCGGGCUUGCGCAGCAAACUCUCUUAUUUUGCGCCCCUUGCUACGCUUGUUGACCAUUACAAUGCUUCGAUAGAUACCAUCUCCGCUGUUACGGAAGCACGCCCUGUGAUUCGAGCAUCUUCAGGAAAGAAGGAUUACAUAUUGACCCUUCAGCUGACGGAUCCGUCUAUGGCGGGCACAACUCAUUUUGCUCAAAUAUUUCGACCUUUCAAGGCAGCUCUUCCCUCCGUAUCGGAGGGUGACGCUAUUCUUUUGCGCAACUUCAAGGUCAAAAGCUUCAACCGCGCCAUGAUGCUCGUUAGUGCGAGCACUAGCGCUUGGGCGGUUUUUGACGGCCAAAACAAGACGCAGGUCGAGGGCCCGCCGGUUGAAUACGAGAAAGAAGAAACCUACGCGACGGACAUGCGGCAGUGGUACCAACAAGAUGGCAUGGCAAUGGUGGCGGACGCCCAGCUCCAAGCGUCUAUUGAGAGAGCCGGUCGAGAAGGAACACCCGCCAGCAGCGUGGCACUCAGCGACUCGGAGAGUAUUGACUCGACACAACGUGUUGGUGAACGUGGCGAAUCGUCUAUAUCGAACCUCAGCUCACGGCGGAAUAGGAAAUCCCAUCGCAGAAUCACGAUUCAUGAGUUAAGGGACGGAAGGAGAUACACCGAGGUUGGUUCGCCGUCUGGCAAGGAGAGUAUCCAUGAACUUCGAGAUGGAACUGUGUAUGCAAAUCUUUGA